AUGACUAAACUUUCAAAGUGGCUCAGAGAAAAUCUCAAAGAUAAUGUUAAAGAAAUAUUUAAAGUGACUAUCGAACAUCUGCUUAAGUUAAAACCUCCUGUAAAAAAAAAUAAAAGACAGGCUUUGAUAUCUUUAUUACAAGCUUUGAUGAAAAAUGAUAAAUCUAAAGUAGAAGAAGAGAAGAAGGAUGACUUAUCAUCACAAAUUCUACAUAAGUUUUCAUUCUCAGUAUCCAAACAAGACUACAUUCCUUCUGAUACAGUAAAAGAAUUUGCACUUAAAUACAACCUCUCGCAAAAUAUUGAUUUUUUGGAUACAGACAUAUUGUAUAUUCUUCAAUCUUUUAAAAAUGAGGUGAUGAAUCACCAUGUGCACGGUAUAACAAAAUCUGAAGAAAAAUGGAAUGAUAAAAAAUUACAAAGGCUCUUAAUAGAGUUGGUAGAUUGUCUUAGUGAUGAGGAUGCAUUUAGUCUUUGUUGGUGA